AUGGCAGAUAACUACACGGUUACAAAAAAUCCCACUUUUGGGAUGUCAAAUUCUUUCGCACUAACAAAAUCAAACCGCGUGGAUUUUGGGACGACGAUCCGGAUUUCAUUCCGGAUUACGCCCUCCUCGAGACCUUCUUCGCGCCGUGUGCCAAUUCUCGCAGUGACGGGAAUCGCAUCACAACCUCCGGUGGGCGCCUAUCAGCUUCCCGAUCUAGAAGAACCGCCUAGCACCGGGAACGUGGCCAACAAGAACCGGGCCGCUCGAGACAUCUCUCGCGCCAUUGACCAUCCUCGCCAAGACCGAAGUCGCUGGUUUGCCGCGACAUCACAUCAGCCGGAUCAGCUUCCCGAUCAAGAACGCUCGCUAGCGCCGUUUGACCGUCUGCGCCAAGACCGACGUCGCUGGUCGGCCGCAACGUAUUUCCGGGAGCGGCGGAUUUAUCUGUUUCUUCACGAACUUCGACAUAUUUCGUACCGCUCCAACGUGUGCCGUUUCAACGUGGCCGCUCGAGACAUCACUCGCGCCCUUGACCAUCCUCGCCAAGACCGAAGUCGCUGGUUUGCCGCGACAUCACAUCGUCUGGAUCAGCUUCCCGAUCACGAAGAACGCUCGCUAGCGCCGUUUGACCGUCUGCGCCAAGACCUGGCCGGAUCCCUUCGCUGGACACCGUACGACAACAAACAAAAAUCAACGCGGUAUCGGUGGCUUGGACGUUCUAGACAUUUAUGGUCCGGGACCAACACAGUACAACCGAUGCUCAUCGUUAAAGCAGAGCCCGGAACCACCGAGGUGGAGACCGAGGCUCCUGAAGCAGACGAAAGCACUCCGGAUCCGUUUGGCAACAUCGAACCGAGUCCUUUGUCGGAUCCCAACCGGUUCUGCAAAAAUUGCAAUGCCCGCGAAGGCUCCAUCUGGGACAGUCGACUGUCGGUAUUCCCGCGCAAAAUUCUCAACAUUUAUCCAGCAUCAAGCUCCACCACAGCGGGGAACACCGCAACCGAAACGCUGAUCAGCAGCCUGAACGAGGAGGGACCGAAGAUCGUGAUCAAGCAUAAUCCGGCGAACCCCGGUUGGACAACAUGCAGAGUGGCAAGACUACGAGCAACAAGAGUCCGAGCAUCAAGGCGGGGUCGGACGCACACCCGCUGGGUCAACCUUACUGUUGGGCUAGUGGACGAUUAUGACGGCGGCAGCAUGCAGCUGGGCAGUCUCGAUCUCGCUGAAAUGGAAAUGGUUGACCUCGGUGGUCCGAUCGCAGCAACAGCUGGCGUUUGCACUACCAGAGAUCCUAGGAAUCGGUUCAGGAACCGCAUCAACAACAAGGAUACUCUGACGAGUAAUUCGCUGUCCAACAUCGCGGAGAUCAACAGCCAGCGCCACUUUGGGCUUGCCGAGCUAAACAGGCGGAGAACCGAUCUCGAGCAACUGCCCGCGACGGAUUUGGGAGGUUUGCGACCACCGUCGCCGUCGUGCAUCACCCACACGAUGAUGACGAACGCGUUCCUGAAUCCGGGCAAGCUACGGCGGGAUAACAGCAACGUACAUCACCACCAGCACGGAACCGGAUCACACUUUGGUGCUUACGGGUCAGGACCAGUACGUCAAAUUCGGCAGUUCUCAAGACCCGUACCGUUACCUCACGGCCAGCCGGCAACUUCUACGGCCAGAACAGCCGGUGCAGCAGCAGUCGCCAGAUCACACUGCUCCAUCGCCCAGUGUCCUCCUAAUCUGUUCAUCGGUGAACAUCACAUUGGCGACCGGGACAGUCUUCAGCAGUGCCACUUGAGCCUUCUCCUGUUCCUUCCUGCUGAUCAGGUCGGCUCUGACUGGUGAAAGCGGCGGCCGUGAAGGAUCGCGUGGUCGUGAGAGCCUCGGUUUAUAAAGCGAACUUGAGCAGAAAUGCGCGCGGGCAGCAACAUCAUUUCGUGCGCGGCCCAAUUGAAGGUGCGGACACCGUCCGGACGGUAUAUGUCUCUCUCUGGAAAUUGACGGAUGCGACGAAUUUCUCUAGACUUCUUAAGUCGGUCC